CGAGGCCGCCACAUAUGGAUUUUCAUCGUGUUUCUCGUAAAUGUACAACCCCCACAAUGGCUUGAACACUCUGAUCACAUCAUCUCUCACAAGUAGUAGCAAUUCUUUGGUUCGGGUGUUGAACUGACUUUUUCAGCAUUCCAACUCUCCAUCAUCGCGGGCGCCCAGCGUCAACCGCCACAUUGCCAGAGGGUGUCUUGAGACACGAAGCACUCUCCGGACAUAACUGUAUUACCGGCAUCAGCACCACCGGUUCCCCGCCCCUUUUGUGUAACCCACAACGCAGCAGGUUGAAUGCUUAGCGUCCUCGACCAUGUAACGGCCCUCUCUUCCGACUUCCGGCCGCGUCAACAAUAUACGGCAAUCUGUGAAAGAGGCUAGGUGGGGGUCAUUUCUACACGGGUGUUUUCAGUUUGCUUUUCAAGUGAACCUGGCUCCAAUGCAGGCUCAGACUCCAUGUGGAGCUUGAUUGCUGUUUGCUUAUCUCUUCGGACUGGACGUUGGUUUCAUGGAACUGAUCUACCUCACAGUGUAGCUCAGCAGAAGACAGCUUGUCGGGAUCGACCUGUCAUACAGUUUGCUGUCUUACUUGCGUCUGCUGUGAGACACAGCCGAUGCUCUGUCUCGCCCACCUAUAGACAGCAGCCCUAUAGACACAGUGAGUGCAUGUUGGGCGACACAACAGCUCCGGAACAGUCUUUCCGGUGCGGUUUCUGCCAAGAUUAUGUGUAGGGCUGGCGUCCUGGAACUUCAGUCCUUAACGGCGCAAAAUUAGCCCCCUAUCUAAACCCCUGAGGCGGGUGGUAAGAUUCUCUACUAUGGUUUUUGUUCCAAUGAAUUAUAACGAGAGUAGCAGUAAAGUAACUCGGCACAUAUCCAAUGGCAAAAUACGCUGUCACCACCUUGGCAUCAUUCCACAACCCCUUCGCUCACCAUGCGUCUCAUAGUCGCAAUGGUCGCGUUAACAGCCAGCUGAGUGGUCUAUCCGCCAAUGUAUGUUAGCAAAUCUGCACCUCUGAUCACAGACGACCCGUCCAGGAGGGCACUCACCGCCCAGUCAGCCUCCCUCUGUUUCGCUGCCUCUUCACUGCCCGCUUCCAACUCGGGAUGUCGCCACUCAAAAAUAUAAGUGUAGUUCAAAUCCUGAGCUUCAACACCAGGACCCCGGCUCACAGCGUUGAUGAUUGCGCUUCCGUCUGCGCCCACAAAGUCAACACGGCAUGGCUCAAAAAAGUGGCAUGUUUCGACGGCGUUCUCGGCGCCGGCGGGGUGGCCGCCGGGAGCAAAUGUUAUGCGUCGCUUGAGGGAGACGACUGUUUCUCCUUCUUUGGACUCGGAAAGGAUCUCGGUCUUGGUGAUUGCUGGCACGAAAUGUUCUGCGUGUCGGACUUUGCGCUUGAUGCACUCCCAGAUUUGAGAUUGGGUGAGGACUGGGGAGGCGCCGGGGGGGUUUAUUGGGGCGGUGUAGGAGAGGUUGAAGGUUGCCAUUUUCGCUUCAGUAUUGCCUCGAUAUUGAUAACAUCAUGGAUGGCGUGGGUGGGCUGAUGUUGAAGAGCUCUGUUGUAAGCUCUUGUGAUGAAAACCCGAGUUGGUUGAGGGAGGACCCGAGUAAUGAUGAGGGGCUAUUCCAUCAUGAUGGGGGUAUAAGCCAGCAAUGAGCUGUCGGAGCGGAGCAGAGUCUCUACUAAUCUGCACACAUGCAGCGAAUUUGCAUUGUACCUACCUACCAAAACGUUCAUCAUGGAUGUCCUAAAGGGCUUUACUGAUCGAACCGCGAACCUGAGCAGUAUCCUCCUUGCCGUUGGUGCGGGUGUUGUCAUCCUCCGGUUGCUGCACAUCCAUUCCAGGCUCAGUCACAUACCCGGCCCGGCAUCCGCCGCACUCACCGACUUUGUCCGCCGAUCAUGGGUUGCGGCGGGAGAUGUCCAUCAGAAGCAUACUGAUCUGCAUCGUCGCUAUGGCACCGUCGUCCGGGUUGGUCCCAAUGCCGUGCUCAUCUCUCAGCCGGAUGCCAUUGAUAAGAUUUAUGGUUUCAAGGCCAAGUUCCUGAAGUCCGAGUUCUACGACUCGAUAUUACCCCGUAUGAAAGGCGCCAAAAUUCCCGAUGUCUUUGCGACCCGCGACGAGGACCUUCACAGGCGCAUGAGAAGACCAGUUGCUAACCUCUACUCCAUCGCAAACCUGACGAGGUUUGAACCGCUGGUCGUCUCCACCAUCGAGUAUUUCUUUUCCAGACUCGAUGAGAUGUUUACUGACACGGGGCGGGAGUUUAACCUCUCAGACUGGCUGCAACUCUUCACGUUUGACAUCAUGGGCGAGGUUACCUUUUCAAGACGAUUGGGGUUCCUUGAAAAGGGUGGUGAUAUCGAGGGUGUCAUUGAGAAUAACUGGAAAUAUUUCCGAGAUGUGGCCGCGAACACUCAGACACCAUGGCUGGACAAGUUCUGGAAGGACAACCCGCUCAUUCCAGUCUCUGCCAAGAGGAAUCCUCUCGCCGAGUUCGGCGCGGCACGAAUCCAGGAGCGGCUUGCGUUGACAGAGGAAGAGCGUGAAAACAUCAACCAGAAGGACUACCUCUCCGCUUUCAUCCGUGAGGCUGAGAAAGAUCCUACUCUUCCUGAACUUGCCCUCCCCACGUGGACAAACUCCAACAUCCAAGCAGGCGGUGACACCACCAGCAUCAUGGCAAGCGUGGUGCUGUAUCAUCUUCUCAAGAACCCCAAAACGCUGGCUACCUUGCAAAAGGAGAUUGGCAGUGCCGCACGGGAAGGACGUAUCUCCAAGUUGGUGACAUGGAAAGAGUCACAACGGUUGCCAUAUCUCGAUGCUUGCGUCAAAGAAGCGUCGCGCUUACAUCCGCCGAUUGGGUUCCCCUUGGAGCGUAUUGUGCCUCAAAGCGGUUUGGAGGUUGAUGGCUACUUUAUUCCACCAGGAACGAGAGUCUCUAUGAAUCCAUGGGCAGUCCACCGAGAAGUAGGCCUCUACGGAGAUGACCCUGAUGUCUGGCGACCCGAGCGUUGGAUGUGCGGUGAGGAUAAAAAGAGGACUAUGUAUAACUCGCUGUUGACAUUUGGAGCCGGUCACCGCGUGUGUUUGGGCAAGAAUCUUUCGUACUUUGAGGUGUACAAGAUCAUCCCCUCGUUGUUGCAACGGUACGAGUUUGAGCUACUGAACCCCGAGCGAGAGUGGACGCUGGAGACAAAGUGGUUCACGAUGCCUUCGGGAUUCCAUGUUCGUAUUAAGUCUCGGAGAUGAGGUUGGGUGAAAGAUAAGGCGUAGCUCAGGGAUACGUAUGUAAUGAAAUCUGAGGUUGACUACUGCCGCGACUACAAUGUUUGACUCCGAGAAGGUUCAUGACAGUGAUGGUUACAUAUGAGAGAGUCUUGGGGUAGAGACUAUGACUUAGGUACUUUACAUAGCACGUUCCUGACUAUCACUCACAGCG